AUGGUGGUCGGUAUUAGCAAGCGGUCGCAGUUCCGCAAUGAGCGGGCGCUGCAGGAUCUCAUCCGCUCGGUUCCUGGCAAUGACCGUUGCGCAGACUGCGAUGCGAUGAAUCCAGGAUGGGCUAGUUGGAACAUGGGUAUCUUCCUGUGUAUGCGAUGUGCCGCUCUGCAUCGGAAGAUGGGCACGCAUAUCUCCAAGGUCAAAUCCCUGAGUAUGGACAGUUGGACAUCGGACCAAGUCGAUAAUAUGAAAUCGCACGGCAAUACUCUUAUGAACAAGAUCUUCAACCCGCGAAACGUCAAGCCCCCUGUCCCAACCGAUAUCGACGAGGCCGAUGCGUGCAUGGAACGCUACAUCCGGCAGAAAUAUCAGCACCGAACCUUGGAGGAUGGCAAACCGAAGCCGCCCAGUCGUCAGGACUCCAACCAGGGCAUCUCCCCGGAAGGAUCUCCCCCUCCGUUGCCUCCUAAACCGUCCCGUCCCGUUGGUUUCGGGCUGCGGUCGGCCUCUUCCGCUGCGGAUCUUCGUCGGAUGUCCGCGAACCAAGGCUCAAUGGGACGACGUGAAUCGCCACCGCCACCGGUUCCCAGCUUGGGUAUGGGAGCCUCUGUUAACACUACGGGAAAUCGGUCGUUCGAGUCGAUGAUGGCCACCCUGAGGGACAUGGGCUUCCAGAACGAGCGUCGGAAUGCGGUUGUUCUUCGAGAACUGGAGGGCAACCUUGAGAAGUCGAUCGAAACAUUGCAGAGACUGGGAGAGGGAAGCAAUCCGGCGUCGCGGGCAAGGACUCCGUCCCAAGCAGCUGGAGCAUCCUUCGGAGCCUCCACUGGGGCAUCCAGCAAUCCUUUCGAUCAGCUGGACUCCCGGCCACCUGCGCAACCCAGCAACCCGUCCUACAAUCCCUUCGACAUACCGACAGCGCAGCCAGCGCAGCCACAGGCUCCCCAAUUUCAGCAACCCCCACAACAGCCUCUGGAGCAGUCUUUCCAAAAUCUCCAGGUCGCCCAGCCUCUGCAGCCACACACCACUGGAGGAUACUUUCACCAGCAGCAGCAGAUGCCGUUUGCUCAACCCUAUUAUCAACAGUCGGCCACUCCCGCUUCUGCAGCGCUCUCCCAGGGCGCGUUUGUGUCUUCUCCUCAACCUACGGAGGGUGGAAACAACCCGUUCUUCCAGACCGGCGCUCAAGCCCAGGCCAGUUUGGCCACUCCACCCGUUAGCCAGAACCCCGGUCUUGGUCAGACGAACCCUUUCUUCACGCAGCCGCCCAACCAGCCAGCGGCAGGCCCUCAGUCGACACCGGGAUUCCCGCCGCCACAACAUGCCAAUACUAUGCCGGCGUUCUCUUCCACCACUGCCUUCGGCCAGCCUUCUCCGUUCCAGUCGCAAGCGCCUCAGCGGCAACCUCAACCGACCCAGCAGAGCCAACCGACUCAACAGUCUCAUAACCCGUUUCAAGCCAUGACAGCUCCGACUACCCCGCACUCUGCGGGAUACCAAGCCCCCUCGCAGUUUGGUUUCCAAGCGCCCACCCAGCAUCUGGCUCCCCAGCCCACGGGUCGUCUCAACCCGGCAAACAAGAACAACAUCCUCUCUCUUUACAACUUUUCCCCAACCCCGGCGAUGACACCAGAAAUUCCCCAACAAUUUGCACCCUCGGCUGGUGCCAACCCGGCUGCUACUGGUUCGGCAAAUCCAUAUGGCUCUUACGGCUCUGUACCUCAGAUGCAGACGCAGGCGCAGGCGCCCACACAGCCAGGCGCUUUCCCGUCAGCAACACCCCAGUUCCAAACCCCUUUCUCUCAACCGGCCGCCGACCCCCAAGCUGCUGGUGCCUCUCGCAAUCCUUUCAUGAGCUCCACCAUGCCAGGUGCCGCCAUGAUGUCGGCUCCCCAACAGCAGCAGCCUAACAUGGGCUUGAACAUCGCCGGACCGCCGAUGGCAGGUGGAUUUACUCGAUCCCACAUGAGCCAACAGAGUGUGGACAUCAACGGCUUCCAGAAUGGACGGCACAGCCCGGAUGCAUUUGCCAGCUUGAGCGCGCGGUACGGCUAG